UAGUAAAAAGACACGUAAUAAGACAUAACUACCCCUGCCUAUUCCUCUCCUCUUUCCUCUUGCUGGAACAGAUCGGGACUAAGUCCCUUGCUGCCAAACGGAGGGGCUCCUCCAAUGCUCCUCCUCCUGCUAGCCCGCAUGCUCCCUAGGAGGUUAGGAGCCCUCCGUCCUGCCAUCCCCUGGUGCUGUCCGGGCUACAGGUCUGCGCCAGCGCCUUGAGGUCCGCCUGCUGCUUUCUGGUCGGCAGCCUGUCAUGGCGGCGACGCCCGCUCGUGGCUGGGCAGGGGCGGCUGCUUGUGGCAAGAGAUGGAGGAACCUCCUCGACGAUUCUUCAGCGACAUUUUCCCAGAGAAUCAUGCUGAUCUGUCAUGGGUUCCCGACGGGUAAGUUUCUUGCUAUUUUUUCUAGGGUUAGGGUAACUGUAGGCUUGAUUUUGGUAACUAAAUUGAUCUCAUGUUCAUCCUAUUCAUCUUUGUGCCCUGUAUGUCUAGGAUGGAUCCUAAUUUGUCGUACAGGCUUGCUGUUCGAGUAGGCGCUUAUGUCAAAUUAACCGAUGAUGAUGGUCGCGAAUAUUGCAAGGCAUGUAACAUUCCAAAGAUUUUAGACAGAGAUAGCACAAACUGGAAUGAUUUGCUUCUUGAAAUUACUGCAGAAAUUAAGCUAAGCUCGAAACAAAAAUUGUGUGUCACCUAUUGGGAUAAUAUGAGUCAUAGCUAUGAAGAGAUUGAUUCUGACCAGAAAUUGCUUCAUGCAAGCAUUGAUACCCCAGCCAACCAAACUAGUGCACAACCUUCACUUGAAACUGACUCAUCCCUUGUAGAGCCACAAAUUCAGCAAAUUAGUGAAGUGCCUUGGGUGGAGGAUGAUGUAGAAUAUGUUGGGCUGAAUGAUGAGGAUCCAAUUUCUGAUUCAUCAGAGUCUGAACUAGAUAGUGAUGUAGACUAUGCUUGUUUGGAGGAUGAAUUAGUUGUUGAGGAUGCAUGCGGUAGUGAGACAAUUAUCCAUGCAACUAACUUGGAGAAUCCGAAAAUAGAAGUUGGUGUAACUUUUGGGGAUCGUGAUACUUUCAUGAAAGCUAUUAGGCAAUAUGCAAUAAAAGGUGAAUAUGAAAUUUCAGCUCCCUAUUCUGAGGCAACAAGGUAUAGAGGUUAUUGCAAAGCUGAACGGUGUAAGUGGUGUAUACAUGUUUCACAAUUGCAGGACGGAAGGACUUGGGAGAUAAAGAAGAUGCCCUGUGAACACACUUGUCAAAGCACAGGAAAAGUUGAGAAGAACUGCAUGGCAACAAAUCACUGGAUCAAGGAUCGGGUUCUGGAUUGGCUUGUAAAGGACAAUACAAUUGGGGCUACAGAAUUAAAGAAAAGGCUUGAGGACCAGUAUCAUCUGAAGUUGUCAUAUUGGGUAGUUUGGGAUGGAAGAAAUAAGGCUUUGCAGCAGCUCAAAGGGAAGUGGGAUGAUAGUUUUGAGUGUAUUUUCAGUUUCAAGGCAGAGGUGGAGAAGACCAAUCCUGGCAGUUUGGUAGACAUUGAAUAUGAGAAAGUUGGAAAAAGAUGA